GAGAGAUGGAGGCGGCGUUUGCACGAUAUCAUCGCUCGCGCCGUCUCAAACAAAAAUAAUAAUACAAAUAACGCCUACUAUAAUCUUACAUUAAUUAGCUCCAACGGUGAGAAUUCAAUACGACGUGAAUUAUAAAAAAUAGCCAGUAUUUAAACAUUGUAUAAAACGGUCACUUGUGUGUUUAUUGGCCUCGUGUGGUGUAAAAUAUCGUGGUAGAAUUUUUUUUUCCUACAUCAUCGUAUCCCUUUCUUCAAUGGCUGGACUGCACUGGCUGAGGACGUGUUCGUCAUUCUGCUCCGCCCUCAGUGGAUGCAGGCAAUGAAGGACUUCAGCCAGUGCUGAACCACGGCCGUUGGUGGGGGGGCCCAGGGAGAUCAAGACAGAGGGGGGGGGGGCAUUAGUGGCCUCAAGGAGACGUGGCGAAGAGAGGUGACGAGCACGAGAGUCAAGGAAGGUCCGGGUUCAUCAUGGACGGCAUCUUCUCUCCUCCUUCCGUUACGAGGCCACCUGGACCCCAUCACAAUGCGUCUUCAAUUUUCACCUCCGCCCCUGGGGCGUCGCGCUUUGCUCACGAGGGCCUCAUGCCUGCGACCCCUCGCAACCUCGCUCCCAUCAUGCCCCGCGGGAAAACACCCACAAUUCACCACUGUGUACCCAAAGGAUCUACUCCCAGCACGCGCCAAACGGCAGGCAACGCUCCCACAAUGCAGCGUGGCGGUGUUACCACAAUGCAACGGGGCAGAGGUCCCGCUACCAUAAAGACGGCAGCUACCACCAGCACGCAGCGCGCGGGUACAUACGGCUCGCUCGGCACCGCCAACGGUGCUUCCGGGUCACGGCUGGGCAAAGGUGACGGAAAUAAUGGACGCACACUUGAGGGUGCGAGGAGCCGCGGAGGAGAGGGGCGAUGUGGAGUGGUCGCUCCACAACUGACGCCACUGCAGCAGCGCGAGCGAACCAUCCGGGAGCUGCGCGCUUCGCUGCGGGAUGCGCACGCACACCUGGACGACAGGAAUCAGCAGCUACAACAGCUGAAGCAGCAGCUGUGUCUGCUGCAGGAGAAGCGCGCGCAGGAGGUGACCCAGCACACGGAGGCCGAGCUCAUCCUGUCAGCGGCGCGAGGCGAGCUGGCCCGACUCGGCAAGACCGUCCAUGGCCUGCUGACGAGCCCCGAGCCACCGCAGGACAUCUCUUCCAUCAGCCGUGCCACUCGCUGGCGGGCCUCUCACUCCAGCGAGCGCGUCCAGGAACGUCGCCGCCAAAUAUCUCCCUGCUGCCACCAUAGCUGCUGUUGCAGCAGCAGCUGUCACCACUGUGGGUGCCAUCAUUGCUGUGGCACCCAUUUUCGUGACGCGACCGGUGGAAGUGGCGAAGACGAAGCCCGUGUGGAAGGAGGCGCGAUGCGGAGUCGUGCUGGAUAUCUUUGCCCCGGUGGGAUCUGCGGGGGCGAGCGCAAGUGUGGCGAUGGACGUUCGGCAGGCAGUGAACGCCACCACACAAUAGGAGGAGAAGAGAGCUGCCAUCGCUUUCAAGGAGAAGGGCGCGACCUUGUACUCCUGUGCGGGGAUGAGUGUCACCGUCUCGACACCCGCGGAGGAGGUGUUGGAGUGUUCGAAGAGGUGGACUUUACAAGAUCUACCUUUAAACCGAUGGGCGGCUGUGGAGAAGAUGGAGUAAGUGGAAGCUGGCGGCCGAGGGGGAAGUUUUCUGGUAAUGGCGAAAGGAACGGCGCGAUCACCAAAGUUGGGUCGCUCUUGCUGGCGCCUGUUGAUGUGAAGGUUCUUCUGGUGGCCAUGAUGGUGGCAGAUGGUGACGAGGAGUUAAAAUUUUCACGUGCAUACUUAAGCGAUAACUUUUCCGACAGAGAUAUUGGAGAGAUACAACCUCGAAGUGCUAUUGAUUUACCCCCUCUUGAAUCUUCACCCCCUUACCUGUCGCUCAUUCUGAAGAAGCCUGGUCAAUCGGACUAUUCCUUUAAGACUAUGAUGAAGCUGAUUGAGGGCCGAGCGAUGGAGGCUCCUCGUGCGAGUUGCGCGAAGUGGCAGAACGGAAGGGUGACCCGUCACUUGAUCAAACAAGCGUUGUGGCUGGUUCGGGAGGCAUGCACGUCACCGUCAAGAUCCCUGCAGGAAAAACGGCCCGUCAGACGCCCCUCGGUUGCGUGCGGACAGGCGACGUCCACCGGCUACAGUCCAGUCGACGCGAUGCACACGAAGGACAUUGGCCACAUUGCGAUGGAUGGUGACAACGGCGAGGAUGCGUUUGGCAUUGAAAGGUGCACGAGGGAUGUUGAGGAAGCCGAUGGGGUUGACCGAUUGAUGGUUGAGAGGCGCACGAGGGAUGUUGAGGAAGCCUAUGGGGAUGACCGAUUGUUGGUUGAAAGGCGCACGAGGGAUGUUGAGGCAGCCUAUGGGGAUGAUCGAUUGGUGGUUGAGAGAUGCACGAGGGAUGUUGAGGCAGCCUAUGGGGAUGAUCUAUUGGUAGUUGAAAGGCACACGAAGGAUGUUGAGGAAGCCUAUGGGGAUGAUCGAUUGGUGGUUCAAAAAGGUGCAAGUGGAAAUGAGGAUAUUGGGGAGGACGCUACGAAUGUUGAGAUAAAUGAGAAUUCCUGUGACAUUGAGAAAUGCCACGUGAUGAAGGAUAUAGAGAGGGACGCUGCAGCUUUUGAAGACCACACCACGGAGUUUGAGAGGGACUGUGAAUACGUUAAGAACAACAUCAAGAGCAUUGAGAUAAAUUGUCAGGAUACUGAGGAAGGUGCCACAGACCAGGAAAAGAACAAUGACAACAUUGAAAUGAACGCUGCAGGAUUUGAAAUCGUUGAUACCGAUUGUGGUAGUGAGAACUCUAAAUGGAAUGCUGAGGACAUUGUGGACACUGCAGAAUUUGAAGAUGACAGUCGAGACAUUGAGAAAGACACCACAGACUUUGAGAAGGACGUUGAGGACAACACUACCAACUUUGAGGAUGAAAACUUUGAGAAAGACGUUACAAGCCCUGAGAAAGAUGAUGAAAAUAUUGAACUGUGUGAAGUCAUGGACAAGGGUGCUGCUGAUAUUGGUGAGACCACCUGUGAUGCUGAGAAGGCUCAAAAUAACCUUGAGGACAAAGACAAUUACAUGGAUAUUGCCACUGAGAAGGACAAGGCCAACGAUUUUGAGAAAGGCGAAGCUAUCGUUGAGACCGCUGUGAAUGUUGAGAAGGGGAAGGUGAUGGAGGACGCUCGGGACCAUGAACAAAAUGAGAACAUUGUGGAAGGCGUUGAGAUGGAUACGUGGGAUGUUCAGGAAGAUAACAGAAAGAACACGGAGGCUGUCGCUAAACAGAUCCAUGUUCAUCUUGAUACCCAAGAUGAGCAGGUAUCCACCUUUCAACAGACUGCAGAUGUUGAGCAGAACCUCUCUUCAAACAUCACUGAGGAGAAAGAAGAGCCUGAGGAGGAUGAUAACAUGGAGUGUUGCAUGCAGACCACAGUCACUGGGCACUUUGAACCAGAUCCCACUGGGGUGGUGCCAAUCCAGCAGCUGUCGGUAGGACUGCACACAGGAUGUUAAUCAGGCCUUCAAUGACGAAGCAUUUGGAUCGGUCUCUUUGAUGCCGAGUGGUGGCCGAGAAACAUUGCCGGCCGUGCUGAAACGCGGAGACCGCAGUGCCAACAGUAAUGGCAGCAUCCACGCGAGCGCAGCAGUUUCCGUGCGGGGGACCUCGACUCUUAACGAGGUCGUCCAUAGAAAAGGGGGGGACGCUUCAUCUCAAUCGGCACAACCACCACUAACAUCAUCACUGGUGAUGGCAUCAUCUUCAAAUUCUGCCGAUCGGUCAAACUGCUCUGACGACCGGUCCGAGCCGUCGCUCGUGAGACUUGCGAGCACUGAUCGCGAGGCUUCGGUGGUUUCCCUUUACCGACGGCCAGCCUCCGAGUGGAGCCGCUGGGUGGCACUGGACUGGCUAGCGGCUGGAGGCCCCGUCCUGCCGGGGUUGGUCGUGUGGCUGGCUUGCCGGGCACGAGGUGGCGAUGGCGCAUGGCGGUGGAUCGCUGGAGGAUUCACGUGGCCCGGGCAGCCGCUGGCGUGCGGCCUCAUGGGCCUUCCUGCGCUUGUGCUGUGUCCUGGGGAUGUCUGGACUGCGCGGAGCUCGCAGGGAGCCAAAUGACUCUGAGAAAUUAGAGCCGCGGGAGGAAUCUGAAUCGAAAUCCAGGCAGUAGCAAUUCCCGCUAGAAACCUGGGUUUGGUAGCUGUCUCCUAUGUAUGCAGGUCCACACCCGAUAUGGAUUUAGUUGCGCAACCAACUCACUUGAGCAGGUCACUUCAAAGUAGUCUAGUUAAGCAACCGGUUAUGCAACGACUCGCAACCAGUUGCAGAGAUGGUCCACGUAUAAGCGGUUCUGUUGCGUGCAACUGACCGCUAAAGUGUGGGUCCAUCCUUUAGUCAUGAUGGCGAGUCACGGUCCCCAAUAGUAGGUUCAGUGUUUGCUGUUGAGCAAAUCCCUCGAAUGUCCCUGAUCCGAAACCAUGUUGCGAAUAUAUCUGGAGCAUGGAAUGUGCAUGUACGUUGAACUUCUUUCACACCGUACGUAGCCAACCAUGCUAAUCGGAGGUGCGGUGAACUUGCUGGAUGUUAAGUAGGCCUUCAAUGAUGAGAGUUACCUUUGACCAAAUCCCCCGAAUGUACCUGAACCUGCCAAAAUUUGGAAGUUAAUCAGAGGGUAGGGCUGCCCGGUGAGUACUUGGUUGAGAGAGUACCUGAGAAUACUUGGUGUCGUAGGCUUAAACUGUGAGGUGGCAAGGACAUUGCAGUCCAAUAAUGUCUCCUGAAUCUGUCUGUGUGGAGUGUUGUCCCCUUCCAUUAGUGGUGGGGGUUUUGAUUUCUGGGUCCUGUGGUUUCCUUUCAUACCAAAUGCUCAAUAAUGGCAUUGACCCAACAUCUCGCUGCAGUGCCCUUCUGUGAAGCCUUGACUUGCUAUCCUGGCAAAACGAGUGCGUCAUGGUGGAUGAGUGAGUUGUUUGAUAACAGCAAGGGGGAGAUGAGAUGUUCCCACCGUUGUGAUCACGUAAGUAGUCCUAGAACCCACCGAAGUGAGGAGAGGUUGACAAACGGCUCAAUUUCCAAUUGGAUCCAAGGAUCUGGACAUUUUAAGCCUCGGUCUGCUGGUUUUGUUUGGUACAUUGGGUUUGGGGUUUUUUUACAUAUAAAUUUCUAACGUUUACAAACCGUAAAAUAUCAAUAGUCUGCUAAUUAACCCAAGUUGUAUAUAACAUCAGUGCUCCUGUUCACAACUCUAAAGUAUUAAUUUUGCCAGAUUUCCCCCCCCCCCCUCUUUACCUCCUGAUGCCGUGUAGGCGAUGGGAGUUAGUUGACCGAACUUGAGCAGGCUGGUAAGUUUAGUACGGGGGAAGGGAAGACUGGUGAGGUUGGUGGAGGUGGGGGUACCCCGGACCAUUUCGGAUAUCACUAGCCACUGAUAUUAGCCAUGGCCGGGAGUCGAUCUAAGAUCGCCGAGUUCAGUCCAGUGCGGGAACUACUGCACCACUGCUUAGCGUGCCUCCCUUAUCUUUGCAUUAUCAUCCUGACAUAUGUGAUGCACAAGAUCAUAAAGACCCUUUGACCCAACCUACCAUCUUAAAUAGUGCAAAAUGGCACGUUGGCAUGUCCUGGUCCUUGGGUAGGACUGUAAAUUGAGUUGUAGAAAUAACCAUGAUGGGUAAUGUACCCAACAUCGUCACCCCUCACCCAAGAAGUUUCCACGUCAUUUCUGCAAAAUGUUCCCCCAUCAAAUGAUCUCGGCCGGAAGCUGCGUUGUUGUUGAACUCUUGCGAUUUGGAAUGGAACUUUUUGAGAAGUUUUAAAAGGGGGUGGGGUGGAGGUACUCUCGACUCUCAUCCUGCAGAUGUUGGAUGCCCGAUACUGUUAUUGCCAGUAGCACGAGGAUAAUGCAAGCACAUACUUGAAGAUUCUGUGAAUGUAUUUCCUCGCAUGUGUGGGACCUGUGUGUGUGUGUGGUACAGUGCUUUUUUGCGUGCAAUGUGCUAUCAACUCUGCCACUUGGGUUUGAUUUCCAGCCAUGGAUAACAUUCAGUAACCUGUCCUGGGCCUUGCCAAGGUGGACUCGGCCUCAAGUAAGUACCUGAUGUGUGUGUGUAUAUACUCAGCACUGGGGAGACAAAGGCAGCAGUGUGGUGCUGCCCACCCCAUCCCACUCUUGCUUAAAUUGCGCUUUAAAAGGUGAAUGCUAACAGCUAACAGCAUUCACCAGAGGUGGGACAAAGUCAUUGUUAUGCAAGUCCAAGUCGAGUCUGAAGUCAUCAAAUUCAUGACUCGAGUCACUCGAGUCCAAGUCACAUGACUCGAGUCCACACCUCUGGCAUUCACCCCAUCAGUCAAGACUAGAGGAGGGGGAGGGGAUGUGGGGGCAGCUUCAGUUAGAUCCCCACUCACGGGCCGACACGAUUGGCGAUUAUCUGAACCGGUCCUGGGCCUCCCCUAGAUCGACUCGGGCUCAAAUGAGUGCCUGGUGCAAAGUGUAAACAUCGCCACUGGGGAGACAAAAGGCGGUCGGGCGUGGUACUUGCCACCCACACCCCCUCUUGUACCGUGCCGGCCGUAAGGGGUGCUCACUAACAGCGCUUGCCCCAAAUGUCUUGGACUAUACGGGGGGGGGGACCUUUGUAUACGCAUCUAAAGUAUCGAUUCUUCAACUGGUUAAUAUGUAAAUAUUUGUCUGCAGAGCUCCUUGAAAACCACCAAUUUCAAUGAAUGAGGUGUCCUGUGAAAGCUUAUGUAUGUUCUUAUUUUUCACCGUGAGAUUCGGUGUAUACAAACAAUGUCCGAAUUAUAAAAAAAAAAUAUGACCUUUAAGUUGAUAAUCCGAGAGACAAAGACGCCCCCUCCCAAACGACAUUUUCUCGAACAACUUCAUUGUAUGAAACCCUCCAUCGCCCCUCAAGUGUUUUAUUUUGACCGUUGUAUCUCAACGGGCUUCUGUAUCUAAGUGUCUGUGCGUGUUUAUAACGUAUAUAUUACUAUUAUAUUGUGUUUUGAGGGCAUCAUCCUAGUCGCCAACGAUUGUAUGCAUGUCAACAAAUCCAGUCACCAAUUUUGGUUUCGCACUUAAAACUCUGCCUCGGUUCAUCUCUGGCGUCAAGUUAAGUAUGCAGGCAUACCUCCUAUAGCGCUCAUAUGUUCUUGGUAAACAGAGCGCUAUACGAAACAACGCUAUGGAAGGUCAUUAUAACAUGGUUCCAAUGGAGAUGCGUUCCUGACCACUAUCUUUUUUUUUACCUAUAAGCCGUACGAGUGCUUCAUUGAGGUAUCGGUAAUAGCCUUAAUUAUACUGUACUGUACAUGCUAAAUGUAUUAACGCAUUUAGUAUUAACAUAUAUUUGAAUGAUAAUGACAAUACGAUAAGUUUAUGUACUCACCGGUGCAUUCGGUCGGAGGUUGCGUAAGCUUAACCACCGUCUGCCAUAAAGACAUUCCGAGGGAAGCUAAAGAGUACAAUACUAAACAAUGGGAUCACUCGGUGCAUUGAUCGCCAAUGAAUGGAUGCAGCGAUUAAUCCUCGAUUAAUCCUCGAUUAAUCCAUACUCUGACGAUGCUGACGAAUCAACUAUGACCAGAAUCGAUAUAAUAGAUACCUCGAUUCCGGUUUCACAAGAUAAUGUAUGGGUGAAGAUAUGCCUACUUCCAUAUAUGGGCUUGAGCCGCACAGGAAUUAUCCUCCCAGCACAAACGGCGUUAUAGGAGGCAGCGCUAUAAGAGGUAUGCCCGUACUGUAUUGGAUGACGGGCAGAGCGAACAUUGUUCAGAGUUGAGAGGUGCCACCUUGUGGUUUGCAGUCCAGAAACCAACUGGGUGUUUGCGGUUAAUUAUAUGUUGAUGUAAUGAAUGUUUGUUUUUUCUUCUGAGACCCAUAGGAAUUUCGGAAGAACAUUUCUUUUCCUUGUGCCUUGACCUCGAUAAAAUAUAAUAUGUAGGAGGAGUCCUUAAAGGUUAACCUGCAUGUAAAAGUAGGGAUGGAGUUUGUUCAAAUCUUGCAGAGAGGGGUGCAUGGCGGCAACUCGUGUGCGAAUACGGAACAAGAUGUGCAAAGCAGUGUGGGUCUUUUCAAGAUGGAGAUGUGCUGUGGGGCAUCAGUGAUUGAUGUUUACGAAGGAAACAUGUCAAACCGGAAGUUGGCUAUAGUUUGGUGAUGCAUAUCUCACACAGAUGUGUUUUAUUAACCAGUUGCAACAUAUUUAAAAAUUAACACGAGUCAUACGUGAUGAUGUUAACUGUAUGUUUAUUUAAAGACUCCCAUGCUUCUGGCAUUACGAUUGUUCCAGCACACACGGGAAGAAUGUGUACGCGUAUCAGGGGGCAUACCUUGAAACAAAUAAGGUAUGUUUCUAUCGCCCGUCAACUUUUUCUAAAACUAAAGGUGUAGAUUUAACCUUGACUGGCCAACAACUAAAUAACAUUUAUAUCACUAUUUAAGAAUAACAGUUUUUUUUGUGGUUGGGAAAUGUAAGGAGACCUUUGGUGCAAAUGUAAUUCGUGUGAGACGUUUGAGACUUCUGCCAAAUUCACUCAAUUAGAAAUGGCGCUGGUGAAAUGAAAUGCUCCAUUUUUCACCCGUUAUCAGCCACGAUCUAUCCAUUGUUGAAUGGAGACCUCACCGCAAGGCCGUUUCCGUCUCGCACGAUCUUGCGGAGCAACAAUCCAUCUGGCUCCACCGCACAAACCUGUUUCAUUGCUCCAUCUCCGGGUCGUGUCACGCGGACAUCUUCCUUUAGCUUCCACUUUGCCAUUAGUCUCAACCACGGGCCAUCGUCCGUUCUCGGAACGUGCCUACCCAAUCCCAUUUAUUCUGCAAGCCCAAGUGGUGUUUUGAUGAAAAUGUGUCUCCAAUCCACGUAUCUCUGCCUGUUUCCGUGUAAUUUCAUGCACGCAACUCUAUCCAUUUCCUUCGAAACAUUGACAAUGGACAUGCCUCUGAUCUGUCGGCAGGUAAUAAUGGAUAAUAUACAGUACACAGAUUUAAACACUUUUAGCACAUUGGUAAGCAGAUUUUUUUACGAGUUCAGUUUUGAAAAAACACGAAGCUGUUCGUCUGCCACUUUUAUUGGUUUGAUCCAGGUCGGCUUUCAAUAACUGUCCUGGGUAUACACAUACUAUGUGUUAUCCCAGAUGUGCCCUUCUGACAUACUUAAAAUUUAUCAAUUAUCUUUUAUUUUUGUUGCUCAUUGAUUUCAGCUGCCUUUUGCUUAAAUUCAGUGAUAGUAAAUCUGAGUGGGUGAGAACAGGUUCGAGUGCUUUAGAUAAACUUUCCGACUUGAUCAUGAAACCUGACAACCCAAUGCAUCUUAAGAAUAGCUUUUAAUUGAUGUGUAUUACCUGCUAUGACAUGGAAUCUGAAACACGGACAAUGACGAAGAAAGUGGAACAAGCUGCAAAGGUCCAAAAAUUCUGGAGAUGUAUGUCAUAUUACAAUGCAUAUUCAAAGUGAAACGAGGAUAGAACAUGCAUGUCAGACAUGAUUGACUGUUGAAGUAAGUGGAAUUCUGCUGGACUCUCCGUUAAGGGAUGACUACCUUAUGAUAGACUAACGACGGAGUUGCAAGCCGAGAAACAUGCCGACACAGGCACAUCCACCGAGUAAGAUGAAGCUAUGUAUGUAGAACUUCUUUCACACCGUACAUGGCUAACUUAGUUAAUCGGAGGAGCGGUUGCUAAUCGAAGGUGCACCGCCGAAACGAUGAGAUCGGUUCGUGUGCAGGAACUAGAUUGUUGGAUCGUGAAACCCUGUGUGGCUGUUUAAGGCUUGUGGAGCCCAUCCCAGCAGUGGACGGAUCAUGGCUGAGCAUUUAAUAAUCUGUAAUCCUCCAGGACCGUUCGGAGAUUGUUCAAGCGAUGGCUGGAAUUCCAAAAUAUUUUCAGGAAGAUGUCCAUUGGGAGAACCAUGUCUCCAAGGAUAUGUUAACGGUGUUUAAAAUGCAAUCAUUGAGGUCUAUCGACCUUUGCGACCUUUUGAAACAGUUUAAAUUUCAACGUGAGAAAUUAAGUGCUGUUCUGAACUAUCGUCUCAUAGAAUGAAAGACCAACAAUGUUAAUCUAUUUUUACUGGGCGAAACGGACAAUGACAGUUCAGUUUUGUUGAUAGGAUGGUACACUUGAUAAAUAAAAUCACUGGU